AUGGCUGAGGUUUCUGCCAAAAUACAGGAGAAACUACAAUUCCCAAAAAGCAACUCGGUGUCCUUUACACCCGGAAGCGCAACAUCAUCUCCCGGGCUGAAAACCUUUCGUCUGUUUAUAUUUUGGCUGGCCCCUCCGCUACCUGUUACCAUGCCUGCCCUGCUGGACAGACCCAAGCUGUCCAACGCGAUGGCCAGAGCCCUCCACAAGCACAUCAUGAGGGAGAGGGAGCGUAAGAGACAAGAGGAGGAAGAGGUGGAUAAAAUGAUGGAGCAGAAGAUGAAAGAGGAGGAAGAGAGGAAGAGGACAAAAGAAAUAGAGGAGAGGAUGUCUUUGGAGGAAACCAAGGAACAGGUAAUGAAGAUGGGGGAGAAACUUCAGGGACUCCAAGAAGAGAAACACCAGCUCUUCUUACAGCUCAAGAAAGUACUUCAUGAAGAGGAAAAGAGGCGCAGAAAGGAGCAGAGGUACGAUAUCACAACAUUGACAUCAGCCAGCUACCAGCCCAGCCUGCCCAUGCACUCAGGGCAGCACCUCCUCAGCAUUCAAGGCAGUCCAGUCAGCCACAGUCGACCUGGUGCGCUACUUGGAGAACGUAAUAAACAGCUGUUCCCAGCGUCUGUGAUUCCAGCACGUCACUAUCAGACGCCUGGUUUCAGCUCGGGCUCAGCAGAGCACGGACAGUUCAGCGGGAGCCAAGGGGUCCAUGAGCCCUACGGGGUGGCUCAGGCCCAGCAUCCCUCCACCUACGCCCCUGGACCAUCAGUACCUGUCAGUUUCGCAAGCAGCUCUCAGAUCAGAGGUGCGUCUGCGUUUCAGGCCAUGCAGUACCUCCCCCACCAGCAGGCUGGCUACCCCGUCCACGGUCACUUCACCUCCCAGCCUGGAUACAUUCCCGGAGCAGGAAUACCCCUCCAGAAGCAGCUGGAACAUGCCAACCAACAGUCUGGCUUUACUGAUGCAAUAUUCUCACAGGGUACUUUGAGGCCUAUGCAUCCACCAGCCAUGCAUCCUUCUGCUCCAGGGCUGCUGCCCACACCGUCGAUGGCGGUCCAGAUUCCCACCGCAAAGGCCCCAUUCCAGAGCUCUCCCCAGGGUGCUCCUCGCCACAGCUUCCUCCCCCACAGCCAGAGCGGGCAGAGGUUCUACCACCAUGGCAAGUAAUUCGUAGCCACUUUCAUCGUCACUGAGACGUCACAGCUUCACUCCAGAUUCUGGAAAACCUUUUGGACUAGUAAUGGAUCGACUUCCUCCAAAAAAAAAAAAAAGAAAGUAAUUUGGCUGAAUAAUGCCGCGUUCCUUGUGUUUUUAUUUUCUGUACAGUAUCUUUUCUUUUUUUUAAACUUUGAUAAUGAGUGAUCAGCAGUCCUCAUGCUUGUGUGCUUCUGUUAAAAUCCAACUUUGAGUUUUACAUCACUUCAAAUGUUAAUUUGUAAAAUAGAUUAUUUGACCUACACUGUAAAGCCGUUCUGGAGGUGCAUAAGUGCACUAAAAUGUUAAGAUCUUGUAUAAACCAAGACUGAAUGAAGCGGAGCUUGUUCUUUGUAUACUAACAUUCAUAAUUCCGGCAUCAGUGGAGUGUUCAGUUUCUCUGCAGUGACUUUGCUCACUAAAAAAUAGGGGGGAAAAAAACAAAUAGUCAGCAACACUUAAGUUGAAUUUGGAGUAUGUGGAAUAAAUCAACAUGUUUCCGCUAGUGUCACACGCACCCUGAUAAGCACUACUAAAACUGAAACACAUUGACUUAACUAAAAGAAUCUAUUUCACUGUGUUGUUGACUUCUGGUCGAUCACAUUCGACCGGUUAGGGUUGGUUACCAUUAAUUAAAUCAACAAGAUGACCAUUGUUCUAACAAAAUGAUGGAGGAUUUCCAGUGUUUUUUGUGUUGUCCUCUUCUACAGAAUAAAUGAAGUCUGAGUCUCUGCUGUUUUUAAAGCUUUUAUGUUGCUAAAUAAAAUGAGCAAACGCCACGUCCAA